AUGUACAGUUGUACACCCACCAUUUCUUGCUUUUAUUUUUCUCGUCUUCCCUCUCCUCCCAGCGACGACUUUCUAUUUCCUUUUAUUCUGAAGCGCCUGCGACUCUCAUCGAAAGCUUCAUCCGUCUAUCUAUCUAUCUAUCUAUCUAUCUAUCUAUCUAUCUAUCUAUCUAGUUUUGUUUGCAUCUAUCUAUCUAUCUAUCUAUCUAUCUAUCUAGCGGCGCCUGCACUCAUUCAUCCACUUAUUUCCAAGCGCGUCUUUAAUAUUUCUUUCUUUCUUUCUUUCUUUCUUUCUUUCUUUCUUUCUUUCUUUCUUUCUAACCGCCACCACCGUUGUCUCAACAUUCACCAUCGGCCGGUUUAUCGUGUUGGAGUCGACCGUUUUUACUUCGGUCCACGCGUAGAUUUGACUUUACUUUUUUUUUCCCCUUCUUUCUUUUUCCUUCUUUCUUUUUCUUUCUUUCUUUCUUUCUUUCUUUUUUCAAAUUUGCUCGACUUUUACGCUGAACCUCUGCACUUUCUUUCUUACUUUCUUUCCUUCUUUCUUUUUCUUUCUUUCUUUUUUUCUUUUCUUUUCUUUUCUUUUCUUUUCCUUAUUUAUUUUUUCUCUUUCUUUCUUUCUCGUCUGGCGACUUUCCAUCAUCAUCAUCAUUCACACCAUCGAUUGUAUCUUCCUCUCUGGCAAGGCCAAGAUACUGAUCGAUCUUCUUCUUCUUCUUCUUCUUCUUCUUCUUCUUCUUCUUCUUCCUCCUCCUCCUCCUCCUCCUUCUUCUUCUUCUUCUUCUUCUUCUUCUUCUUCUUCUUCUUCUUCUUCUUCUUCUUCUCCUCCUCCUCCUCCUCCUUCUUCUUCUUCUUCUUUUUCCUCUCUGGCAAGGCCAAGAUACUGAUCGAUUUUCUUCGUUAUCUUUCUUCUUCUUCUUCUUCUUCUUCUUCUUCUUCUUCUUCUUCUUCUUCUUCUUCCAAUCUAACUAUUUACAUUCUUUCUUUCUUUCUUCCUUUCUUUCUUUCUUUCUUUCUUUCUUUCUUUCUUUCUUUCUUUCUUUCUUUCUUUUGUUUUUCUUCUUUCUUUUUCCUUUCUUUCUUUUUCUUUCUUUCUUUCUUUCUUUCUUUCUUUCUUUCUUUCUUCCAUCUUUUUCUUCCUUACCUCUUUAGCCUUUCUUUUCUUGUUUGUUUCCUUUCCUUCUUCCUUUAUUUCUUUUCUUUUUUCUUUUUAUUCUUUAUUUCUUCUCUUUUCUUUUCUUUUCUUUUUUCUUCUUACCUUCCGUUCUUUUAUCUUGCUCUCUUCCUUUUUCUUUUUCUUUCUUGUGUCGUCUUGGUUUCUUCCUGCUUUUUCUUUCUUUCUUUCUUUCUUUCUUUCUUUCUUUCUUUCUUUCUUCUUACCUUCUUUAUUUUAUUUUUUUUUAAUUUGUCUUUUUUUUCGUUUUUGAACAUCAUACCAAUUAUUAUUUUCUUUUUUUUGUUUUUUUUUUUUUUUUUUUUCUUUCAUCUUUUUUUAAAUCUCCUAUCUUUUACUCUUUUUUGCUUUCAUUUUUUCUUUUCACUCUUUUUUUCUUUUCUAUUUUCUUUCCCUUCCCGGUUAUUUUUCUUUGCUAUUUUUUCUUUAUUUUACUAUUUUCCUUUUUUUUUUUUUUUAUUCUUUUUUUAUUUUUUCUUUCUUUCUUUCUUUCUUUUUUCUUGCUUGCUUGCUUCUUCCAUAUUCAAACCUAUCAUUUUCUCCUUUCUUUCUUUCUUUUUUUUUUCUUUCUUUCUUUCUUUCUUUCUUUCUUUCUUUCUUGCUUGCUUGCUUGCUUGCUUCCCAUAUUCAAACCUAUCGUUUUCUCCUUUCUUUCUUUCUUUUUUUUCUUUCUUUCUUUCUUUCUUUCUUUCUUUCUUUCUUUCUUUCUUUCCAUAUUCAAACCUAUCGUUUUCUUUGUUCUUUCUUUAUUUUUUCUUUCUUUCUUUCUUUCUUUCUUUCUUUCUUUCUUUCUUUCCAUACUCAAACCUAUCAAACGAUCUAGUAAAGUAA